CAUCAUCUUCAUUCAAGACCCGGAAGUGAGAUUUUGCCAUCGUCUACACAAGCUAGCUGUUAUUUUUGCGUGAUGAAAGAACCGAUAAAGCUGGAAUUGUCCAACGCAAGGGUAUAAUUUAUAAAAAAUCGAUGGUAUUUAUGUGCCCACACAUUUUUACAGUAUAAAAUUUACUGUAACUUGCCUCGGCGUCUGUAAAGGCUGCUAACCAGCUUGUUGCUAGCCAUCUGGGAGAUUUUCAGUAGCUAAUAUCACCAGUUACCGUUAGCAGGUUUAGUGAUGGCUGUGGCACAAAUAAAAUGGUAUCUCGCUGGUGUUUUAUUUAUUUCAAUGCAGUCAGGAGGCGACGCAAGAAUACACACACUUACUCUGAAGAAUGAAACGCGAUUAGCUGUCGACCUCAAUAACUUUGGUUUCUUCGCCAACGGAACUCUAGAUGUCAAUCUGACUUCUUUGUCGAUACCGGAGAAGUUGAACUACUCUUCGUUACCUGUUGGUUUUAGCCUCUCCAGGUCACGUGUGAAUGAAGUGUUUUCCUACACAGCUGAGGAGACGGAGACGUGCCCUCUCAAAACAAAACCUACCAAUGGCGAGCCUCUCGUUCUUUUUCUUAUUGAUAUCAACAACCUUUGUGUCAAUGUGUACGCUAUGGGUUUCCAGAACAACACAUUGUAUGCAAAGCUAAAGGGUGAUACCAGUAAAGUUGAGAGGAAGUCGAGAGACACUUCUGCUUCUGGCUCAAAGGACAAUGGAAGCAAAAAUGAAUCUGAUAAAAAGAAAGAAGGUCAGACAGAAGAAACGCAUAUCACAGACAUUGAGAGAACCAAUUACCCCCUGGACAAAGACACCAACCUGACCUUAGAUUUGGGCAAAGAAAACGGCGUUUACAACUUCAGUUUCCACAUGCUGUUUGGUUUAAAGUCACAAGGUCUGUACAGCUUAAAGUUCCACUUCUGUCAGAACAUGUAUCCUCAAAACAAGCAUCCUUACUCGUUCACGGUGGCGGUGACGGAGAAGAAUCUUGAAGGCUUCCUGUCUGCAGCUGAAAUUCCAUUGUCUCGCCUUUACAUCUGCAUGGCUGGAGUCUUCUUCACUGCUGCCAUGGUCUGGGUGUACACACUCAUGAAGCACAGGUAUAGUGUGUUCAAGAUUCACUGGCUGAUGGCUGCACUGGCAUUCACCAAGUCCACAUCCUUGGUUUUCCAUAGUAUCAACUACCACUUUAUCAACACAGAGGGACAUCCUAUUGAAGGCUGGGCUGUCAUGUAUUACAUUACACACCUGCUUAAGGGAGCUCUAUUGUUCAUCACACUGGCACUGAUCGGCACCGGCUGGGCUUUUGUCAAAUACAUCCUAUCUGACAAGGAGAAGAAGAUUUUCAUGAUAGUAAUUCCUCUGCAGGUCCUGGCUAAUGUUGCCUACAUCAUCAUCGAGUCCACAGAGGAAGGCUCUAGUGAGUACUACCUGUGGAAGGAGAUCCUCUUUCUGGUUGACCUCAUCUGCUGUGGUGCCAUCCUUUUUCCUGUUGUCUGGUCGAUCCGUCACCUCCAGGAGGCUUCCAGCACAGAUGGCAAAGCUGCCAUGAAUCUGGAGAAGCUCAAGCUCUUCCGGCAUUAUUAUGUGAUGAUUGUGUGCUAUGUCUACUUCACAAGGAUCAUAGCCAUCUUGCUCAAGAUCACGAUGCCCUUCCAGUGGCAGUGGUGCUACGAGUUUCUGGUGGAAAUGUCUACUCUAAUCUUUUUUGUGUUGACGGGCUACAAGUUCAGACCAGCCUCCAACAACCCGUACCUCCAGCUCCCCCAGGAUGAAGAGGAUGUAGAGAUGGAUGAAGUAGUGACGGAGUCGGGUGCACUGGAAGGCAUUUCCAAAGUCAAGAAGACAUCUAACGCGACCGCCAGAAAGAGCCCACCUUGUAAUCAGAAAGCUGCAUCUUAAGAGAGGGACCAGCUGAUCACCCCCAGACUGAGCUGGUGUUAAAGGGCACACAUGGACCAAGGCUCCCUUCUUCCACUGAUGGCUCGCUGUCUGAAACUCGAGUGGCUCCAGAGGUCGUGCCCACUGUCUGGCUAUGCAAAACAAAAAUAAUAAUAUCCUCCAAUUCCUCGGACACUCCACCCAGAAAUGAAAAGUUUUCAGAGUCACAUGAACGGAUGGUGAUGUGAAAAAGGAGCUCUGUUGGUUUUUCCCCUUUUGUUUGUUUCUGGGUUUGUUUUUCUCCAAAGAUCAUUAUUAUUUUAGAAGAAGCCCUGCUUUGGAGUGCGUUUGUCAGCUAUUUAAAACUACUUUUGUGCCCCUCUUAGCCGUAUCUUCUCAUAGGUGACAUGAAAGUGUGUGUGACUUUAAGAAAAAGGAUUGGUGACACAACAAAUGGUUUUUUUUUUCUUCAGGAGACGAUAGCCCAUACUCAGGUAAAAGGCCCAUCUGUUUGUUAAACAUCAUUCUGUUUUAAGAUCGAUUACUGUCCCAUCGCUACACGCUACCUUACUUUUCUCAUGUGAUUUUAUUUUGAAAUUGGAUAUCUCCACGCAUUGACCUGCUGCUAAUUGAUAUGUGUGUUUUUCAGUAUGAGUGUUGAUGUUUGAGAGGAAAUCUGUUGUUUGGACUGCUGCUGUAAUUUAGUGCUUUAGUGGUUGAGGACGACAUACUUCUUUUUGAAUAAACACUUUGUCCAUAUACUGAUAACCAGGGCGAUGACCUACUUUAGGUAACAGCCAUGCUUGAUUUUUUUAAUUUAUUAUUUCUUGGCAUGUGUGCCAGGCUGGGCAGAAAAGUGACCUAACAGUUUUUUUUUUAAUGUUUCUGCUUUUGGUUUCACCUUGGUUUGCUCUUGAUGUGAAGCUUAUUUAACUUUGGUUUAUGACUGAUCCACAUUCAAGAUCAGUGGAAGGAUCAUUUGCUAAUUAUUUGUAAAUAAGAUGGUUCUUACAAAAAGAGAUGCAUUUACGCUUUGCUAUUGAGUCUCGGAUGGAAUUGGUGGCUCAGUUCCAGCAAUCUUUUCUUUUUGGUUCCUAUUAAGGGAACAAAGAAAAGCCUCUGAUUUCAUCACAGGUCCCUCCUUUCAGAAGAAAAGACUCUGUGGUGUUUACACGCACCCUCUGUGCUCUGGGAGUCUGAUAAAUUGGGAAAUUGAAGGUUUUUGCUUGUUACAGAAGGCUGGCUGUAUGUGUGAACUGUCACAAUAAAACUGGUCACAAAACAAAA